GAUACGAAACGUGGCAAAACGAACUCCACAUCCCUUGCCCUCAUCUACCGCCAUUCGUUUUGCAGCAAACAAAACCCCUUUCUCAAGUCGAUUUGGCACCAGAAGCUUCGUUUCCAUCGAUUUAACAACAAGCAAUUCACAGCCAACAUUUCCAUAAUCUCAUCCAGAAAAUUCUCUAAAAAUGGGCAUGAUUUUGGGGAAAAUCUCUGUUGAAACACCCAAAUACGAAUUGAUACAAUCUACAACUGAUUACGAGAUCCGAAAAUACCCAGCAGCUGUUAUAGCACAAGUCACAUACGAUCCAACCCAGUUUAAAGGCAACAAAGACGGCGGAUUCAUGCUACUAGCCAAUUACAUCGGCGCGUUAGGUAAUCCCCAAAACUCCAAACCUGAAACAAUCGCCAUGACAGCCCCAGUAAUCACCAAAUCGUCUGAGCAAAUCGCGAUGACUGCACCCGUGGUAACUAAGACCGGUGACGGCGAGAAGAAUACAGUGACUAUGCAGUUUAUUUUGCCUGCGAAGUAUACGAAAGCUGAAGAAGCACCGAAACCGUUGGAUGAGAGAGUGGUGAUUGUAGAAGAAGGGGAAAGGAAGUAUGGGGCGGUGAAGUUUAGUGGAACCGCAAAUGAUAAAACGGUGAAAGAGAAAGUGGAGAAUUUGAAGAAAUGGUUAGAGAGAGAUGGGUUUAAGAUAAUUGGGGAAUUUGAGUUGGCUAGGUAUAAUCCCCCAUGGACAUUGCCUCCAUUUAAGACUAAUGAAGUUAUGAUUCCAGUUGAGUGAAGCUGAAACUAGUGUUUGUUAAGAAAAAAAAAAGUGUUGUGUAGCUAGAGCUUGUGAAUUUUUAUAUAUUUCGCGUGUUUUUGUAUCGAGUUCUUGUUUCUUUGAUUAAGUCACAAAAUUAAGUUCUAAUCAUAGAAAUCGCGAUAAUGUAAACAGUUCAUCGAGUAUGAAGAUGAAGAAAUUUGCAACCAUGUAUAAAGACUAGUAUAAUAACGUGUGUGGUAUGUUACAUUGUGAAUCUGUGGAAAACCUAAUAAAUUAACCAA